CGCAAUAAACAUUGUUUGCAAAUGGCGGAUAAUCGAGAGGAUACUAACUAACAGAUUAACGAAAUGGCCCCCAAAGAGCCAACACCCCUGGUAAAGGUGCAGAAAGAAGCAGACAAGCUUAAGAAACAGGUUGACAAGCAGGUUAAAGACAGUAAUAAGACUGCAAGCAAUUCAAAGACAAAAAAUGAUGAAGUAAAACUCAAAGAAGCUUUCAAAGGAUGUUUUGAUUUGAUUGAACCUGUAGAAACUCUUUUAGCAGAGGCAGAAGCCCUUGAAGAGGCAAAUGAACCCCCUAAGGUGAAAGGUUUUGAAAAUAAGAAGAAACAUGAAGUUAGCAGAAUAACUACUUGGAAGGGGCAGCUUGAAACUGCCAUGUCAAAACUUCUACCAGACGAAAAAGGAGCAGAAUACUUAAAGGAGCUGAAAGGGGAGGAAGAGGAAGAAGAAGAAGAAGUGGAAGAUGACAGCAAAGAUGAGGAAUUAGAGACAACGGAAAUGUUAGAUACACAACAAACAGAAUCAGAGGAACCCAAAGCCGGCCCAUCAAAGUCAAAAAAGAAAAAGGAGGAGGAGGAAGAAGAGGAAGAGGAUGAAGAAGAUGAAGAAGAUGAAGAGGAUGAUGAUGAAGAAGAAUACGAAACAGAUGGAACAACAAUGAAAACUGAUGCACCAACAAUGAAAACAGAUGCAGACGAAGAGGAGGAGGAAGAUGAUGAUGAAGAAUAUGAAGAAGAGGAGGAGGAGGAAGAAGAGGAAGAAGAAGGAGAAGAAGAGGAGGUUGAAGAAGAGGAAGGUGAAGAAGAAGAGGUUGAAGAAGAGGAAGUUGAUGAGGAAGAAGAUGAAGAUGAGGAAAAAGAAAAGAUGGAAGAUACAAACUUAGGUGUGACUGCUGCGGGCCAGCAGUUUGAAGCCAUCAGUGACUUCAAAGGGGAGUCCGAGGGAGACCUUAGCUUUGUCAAAGGUGACAUCUUGACCAUUCUACAGACAAGGGAUGAUGGAUGGUGGGAGGCUGAAAAUGCUGCUGGUGAAUCUGGAGUUGUACCCUCAACUUACCUCAAGAUGCACAACAAAUACAAGGAUAUUCAGAAAGAUGAUGAGGGAGAAGAUGAUGAGGAGGAGGGAGAUGAAGAUGAACCAGGUACAGCCAAAAGUGGGAAGAAGUUGUGGUCGCCUAUCAAGAAGGCGGUACAAGAGAACAUAGCAAAAAGAGGGAUGAGACUACACAAAACUAGUGUCACAGAUGUGUUGCAUGCCCUCGGAGCAGUCCCUUCCGGGUUCAGACCAUCCACACUGGGGCCAAAGUUCCAUGAUGAUGAGAAAUUCACCAUGAAGAGAUACCUGGCCCCCAAACUGGCCCCCUCGAACCUGGCAUAUGCUGACUUAUUCUUUGAUCCUAAAGUAGGCAAGAUCAGGCCACGCCCUUCCAGGAUAGAGAGGCUGGUCUCUGUAGUAGCUUGUAGACAGAUCCCUGUCCCUGGUACAGAUGAGAAGGGGAAGAAAGUAGAACCCAGUCUGUCAAUCAAAGGAAGACAUGUGCGAGUCUGUCUAUUUGAUGGCCAAAAUAUUUUGAGUAACAUCCACACAAUAAAGGUUGCCACUGUGGACAAGGAUCAGAGGACGUGGAACUUCAACAGUAGGGAAUAUAAUCAGAUGGACCCCAUUCAGCAUGCAGAAUUCUUCAUCAGAACGAAUAGUGUACAUGAAAAUAUAGGAAUCCUGUUUGAGCUUUGCAUGUCAUAUGUGAGAACGUUGAAACAGGAAAAUGAAGAAAAUAGUACAGAGGAGUAUGGAGAGUUCAGUUGUGGCUGGCAUCAUCUUAAGUUGUUAGAGGACAAUGGCAAUGUCAAAGGCAACAGACAAUUUGAUCAAAUGGAAGUCCAUGGUGGUACUCCAUAUGAGAAGGGAGUGUUUGUGGACCCGGAAAUAUCCAGGAGAACGAGCUCUAAUGCUUUCAUGACUCUACUGUCCGGAAACAAACAGCCAAGACUUCACGUAAAGUUAGCCAUUCCCAGCAAGAAAGAUGUCAAAGACCAACUACAGACUUUACCGGAUGUGUUUGUCGGGAGUAUGUGUCUGCUCCCCUUCUACUCAUUCUACAGACAGAUCCUCGCCGACAAGUUGAUCCGCGAUCGAAUUGAUCCCGAUUCCACAGAAUUUAUUCCAAGUACAGAACUGAUCCACAGUCCGGUACUGACCACCUUCCCCCAAGUAGCUGACCAGUCCGACAUGAUGAGAGUCGUCAGAGAUUUGUGGCAGAAGAAGAUCAAAACAGUAAAGAAGGCUGAUUCGAGCUCUAUUUUCCUUCCAUCCUAUUUGUCAGUUAUGCGUGACCAUGAAUACAUGAAGAAAUUAUUUGAGGAAGUGGUAAAAGAAUCUGUUUAUCCACUGCUUCAUUCCACAACACUGCCAUCUUAUACGAUAGGCAACCAUCAGGCAGAGCAGGCCCGCCAUGCAGAGAUUGAAAGGUUCUUAAAUCUCCGUGACACUAGAGGUGGGAUCCUUCAGCUUAUGUUGUCGUCAGAAAUAGAAUUCUCACCCUUCGAGCCCAAAGAGGUUUCCUUUGAUGUGAUAGGACCUCAUUGUUUACAACCCUAGUGACAAAAAGGUUGAUAUAGAAUUUUAGAUCAAUGCAACAUAAACAACUUUAGGAUCCAAGCAUUAAAGGCGAAGAUACUAUUUACGUGAUGUCACACUGGAUACAUAGGACAGAUACGCAAGACAUUCGACAGAUAAUUCCCGAGUUUGUUCAGAUGAUUAGGUCAGAAAAAUGAUACAGGAAUGACAAUACUUUCACAAGGUCUGACUUAAACGUAACACUAAUUUGGAAACAAAAUUAUCUUCAUUUGAGACGAUCAAGUUUGGAAGCCUGUGUUCAUAUCAAAAGGAUACGACAUAAAUCUAAUGUACUGAGGCAGUUGCGAUGAGAUGUAGUAGAGAUUAAGUAUUAUACCGUCCAUUAGAUAGAGCAGUUUUUAUGAUAAAUUUUUAGUUGGUCAAUACUUGUUCACUUUGGAAGAAAGGUAUCUUCAUAAUUUGUAAGUCUUAUACAUUUUUCUUAUGUUGUUAAAAUCAGGAAUUGGCCACAGUAAUCCAUGGUUAUAAUGGUAAACUUUCAGUAUACAUUAUGUAGUAUGUAAGGAUGUAUUGUAUGUGAAAGUUUGUGUAUGAUUGAGGUUAAGUUUUUAAGAUCGUACAUGUAUUUUCUGUGAAUUUACUACUAAAGAAAAAAAAAAUAAGCAACCCUACUGAGUGUUCUAAUGAGGCACAUAGAGACAAGGUAAAUCACAGAAAAUCUUAGAUCCACAUUUUGCUGUCCAGUAAAAUGGUACAGCAUAUACUGUAAACGUAGUUAUUUUCGCGGGGGGUUAAUUUCGCGAUUUCUGUAUGUAAACUAUAUGUGUGGGGGAAUUUUUUACGAUCGAUCCACCUUCAUUUGUAGUUCUAGAUUACGCGAAAUGAAAUCAAAAUAAUGUGUGUGGGGUAAAUUUCACGAUCAAAAGGACACAGCGUAAUUAGCAUAAAUUUCCCCCUUGCAUAAAUUUUCACAUUUACAGUACUCAGUCCAUGAUGGGAAGACAUUUUAGAUAUCCAUAGUCAAUUGGCCAUAAGAAGGGUUUGAGGUUGUAGCAGGAAAAUACAUUUAUUAGAAUAAUAUCAAUUUACUCUAGAGAGUGAGAGUGAGAGAGAGAGAGAGAGAGAGAGAGUGAGAGAGAGAGAGAGAGAGAGGCUAAGAGUGAAUAAGAGUAAAUGAAUGUUGUUAUAAAGAUCUGUGAUGUUCGAUUAUUUAUUGUUAGAGUGCUUAAUAUGUAUGUGAUAGUAAAAUGCAGUGCAUUUUAUAUUUUAUAAUAAAUUACCAAAAUCAAA